GUCGGCGGAGACAGUCUGCUCCACGGUCUCGUCUGGUGGUCCUGCUGCUAACAUUAGCUGACUGACCUGCUUGGCUCGGGAGCAGGACGGAUUUCACGGAUAACAAUGAUUUAUUUUUAGGCCUGAUAACGGUAAAACGACACGCCGGAUGGUAACCAGGAAGACAUAACUGGAACGGGAAGCCGUCAAUGCAAAGAAAGAGGAUCCAUGGCAAAGUGGCUCAAGGACUACCUAAACUUUGGCACCAGGCGUGACCCUCCGCAGCCCCCGAGGCCAGACUACAGUGAGAGUGAGAUCUUGAGGGCCUACAGAGCUCAGAAGGAGCUAGAUUUUGAAGACCCGUAUCAACACUCUGAUAAGGAGCAUCAGAAUGGUGGUUUCAGCCCCUGUAGUGCUACAGUGAGCCUCCCUUCUUUCCCUGCAUUUGGUUCAGUGCUGCCUAAUGGUGUUGAGGUGAAAGUGGUGUCUCCCAAGCACAGGCUAAUUAAAGUGGAUUCUCAGGAGUUCGGCCGCUGUAAAGUCCCACUGAGUCCCGUGACUGUUCAAGAAGAACCUGUCGUUCCCUCUGCCCCAGCAGCGUUGGACGCCGACACAGACUACUCUGAUCCAUUUGAUGUCCGUCCAGACCCGAGAGGCAGACCAAAUUGGGAGCCCAAAUCUGCACCAACAGAUUGCUGCAGCUACAUGGAGCCAUUUGAGGCUCAGCGGAUUAUCUCAGAACUGCAGCACAGCAUGAUGACUAACAGGGCUGGGAGCGGAGAUGGUGGCCAGUUAUAUGAUAACCCAUACGAGGAGAGGACUCGUCACCACCACCGAGCUGCUCCAGCAGCACAGCAGCUAACACAGAGGGUUGAGGGAGGACUCGCCCAGAUAGACAGCAGGGAGAGCAGGCUGCCUCAGGAUGAUGAGCGGCCGGCUGAUGAAUACGACCAGCCGUGGGAGUGGAAGAAGGACAACAUCUCUAAAGCUUUAGCAGUUCAGUUUGAAGGAGCAGAACGGGAGCGCUCACGAGCUCACACAGAGCAGACCAGGCUCGCCAAGACAUCGACCACAGCCGACUCAACUACACUCCGUCUGGUUGGUGACACUCCUCCUCUCCUUGGAGAGCGAGUGGAUCCAUCUCUGCCACUGGAGAGACAAGUGUGGUACCAUGGAGCCCUGAGCCGCUCAGAGGCAGAGAGUCUCCUGACUCUGUGCAAGGAGAGCUCCUACUUGGUGAGGAACAGCCAGACCUGCCGGAACGACUACUCGCUCUCACUCAGGAGCUGUAAGGGCUUCAUGCACAUGAAGUUCACUCAGUCUGCAGACGGGCUAUACGUGCUCGGGGAGAACAGCCCUCCCUUCGCCACCAUCCCCGAGGUCAUCCACUACUACACCACACACAAGCUGCCUAUCAGAGGAGCUGAGCACAUGUCCCUGCUGUAUCCUGUCAUCGUGCAGACCCUCUGACACUGACACACUCACACACUCUUUCUCCUGGUGCUACUGAACACAAUAUAUACUCAAUAUUUACCUAUUACCUUCCUAUUUUCCUACCUGCCUUUUCAUCGCCAUUCUACCUGCACUGCCCGCAAGAGAUUGGACUUUUUGGUGCCAUCUUUCCCGUCGACCAUAACCCCAGUAACUACACUGGCAGCUUCAAAAUACGAGAGCUCAGUGCCUCAUAAAUAAUCGCCUGUGAACUGGUAUUGUCACUGAAAUCCCUGUAUUUUUUUUGAAUAUCAUGGACUCCUGAAAAUCAGCCAUCAUGAUAUAAAGAGUGGUAGCUGAGUACUUUUAGGUAAAAGAUAAAAAAAACAAACUCAUGUCUUGAGGCGUCUCAAGACAGUAGAAUCUACAGAUUAUUGCAUGGAGAUUUUUCUCUUUUACUGUAGAGCAGAGAUAGACUGUACCGCCGGGUCGCUUAAAGGAUAAUAGUGGUGUUUAUUCUCAGUUUAUGCCAAUCAUCUAAGUUUCCAGCCAAGGCAGCAGUUACUUUCAUGUGAUUUUUUGUUUUUCAAGUGACAAAAAAAACAAACAAAAUGAUGGAUAUAGGGCGUGGGGAUUUAUACUAGCUGUAGACAGUAUAAAAUGCUGAUGAAAAAGUGCUGUAACCACAAACAACACUGUCAUUAUCCCUUUAAGUGUUGUUUACAAUAUCAACCAAACACUACAUAUGUAACCCUGGCCUGUGAAUGUUACAUAGCUGCGUGCCCUGCAGUGUUCUCCUCAGCUCAUGUUAUGUGUGAACAACACAGAGCGACAGACAUGACUCGUUAACUUCACACAGUAACAGACUCCUGCAAUACUAGUUUAGAGAGUAAUAACUACAGUAUUAUAUUGAAAGCUCGUGGCUUUGUGAUCAUGACUAUUAAAGAAGCUUUGGUAGAUUAUUUACUGUGCUGUUUUAUAAGAUUUUAAAUGUCUGUUGAAAAUAAAGGUGUUGUCUGUUUUUAAA